AUGGCAGCUUCCCCGCCCGACGGGGAUUUUGUGUAUCCAGACCCCUCCCUUUUUGGUAUUAAUAUGCCGCCGCCGCCUCAUUCCCACCCUUACCCCUCAACCCUUUCCUCGGGGCCUAACCCCCAUGCUGCCCCCGCUCCAGCACCAGCCCCCAUCGCUGGCCCUUCUCCCGCUCCGCGCCUAUCUGCUAGGGGACUGCAGCCCUUUCCGGCGUUGUUUUCUGGGCUACAGGCCCCAAUCGAGCUCACCAACGUGGCCGAUAUCGCCUUUUGGGAUAAGCAAUUGCUGUUGUCGUUCGAUCAUAGCCGCAUCGGCCUUCGCAACGGCCAGCAGGGUAUACGCAAACACUCGUCGGUGAGCCGCUACAGCAGAGAUCAACGUGUUGAAGACAAUUUGCAUCUGGCCACCAUAGGCUUCGAACCUGUGAACAAGAGUGAUGAGGCACUGUUUCUGUGGAAGUCCUAUCUAGGGGCCCACAACUUGGCAUCAGUGAAUACCGUCGGCACUGGCCUGCCAGAUGCUCUUCGUCACCGGGGAGGUGCCAGACAAGCGGUAGUUUUUUUGGCUGCGAGGGCUCUUGGUCGUACUGUGACGGUCGGACCUCCAGCAGUGACCGCCACAGUAGGGGUUCCACAAGCGGCAGGUGGACCACCUUUCACGACAGCAGGCGGGUUGGCCGAGAGCGCUACUGUUGGAUUAGGAGGAGCUGGCCCUUCCACCGCAGCUUUCAGGGCUGCUCCCAGUGGUCCUCACGAAACGCCUCGUAGAGAAAAUCACAGGACACUCAUGACCCGCCAGGUGGAAGAUGCCAUCAUCAGUGCGGCGCUGAACAACGAUGAGACCCUCCUGCUGGCAUUGCACUACCGCAGGGAGAAUCUGCCAGAUCGCUCCAGAGAAUCUGACAGGACGGCGAUCACAAGGCUCGCUGUCCAAUUCCUUGACUUCGCACGACCACGUGCGAGCGCUCCUGAAGCCUUGAUCGAGCUCGCACGAGCAAGUUGGGACGUAGACGCGGCUCUUGACAGAUGGGACUCCAACAACGGCGACGGCGUUGAGAAUGACGAUGGAGCGGAUGAUCAGAACAACGAAGGCCAGCCACCGAAGAAGAAACAACGGCUCCAUGAUACUGAUGCUGCAGAUGAGGAGGAGGAGGAGGAGGAGGAGGAGGAGGAGGAGGAGGAGGAGGAGGAGGAGGAAGAGGAGGAAGAAGUGGGCAACGGAAAGGGGAAAGGGAAGGGGAAGAGCAGUUUGAAGGGCAAGCAGAAGGGCAAGGGGAAGGAGAAAGAAGCAAACGAGUGA